CAAGACAGAUUUUAAUAUCCCCGGGUCGUGAUGUGGUUCUGGACGCCGUGGCCCCGGUGUUUCCCGAACUCGAGUCGAGUGGUUCCGAGAGCGGAGCCCGACAUAUUCUGAUCAUCUUCCAAAUGUUGGUGCCCGAGUCGUGAAGUGCAGCUCCUCGGAGGAGGCAGGAAGGGAGGGAGAGCAGGCAAGCAUUCCUGCAGAGAAUCACCUCUGAAAGGCGUCCUCACAUCAGCAUCAGCCGGACUGCAUCCCUGACCGGCCGGCGGAGGAAGGAGGGUUUUUUCUGUUGGAUGAGCUGUCCCGACUCGGAUGUGACCGAGCCACACUCUGAGCUGCCAUGCAGGUUUAUCACCGGAGAGGAAAGGUGUGAAAUGAUCUUCAGCUCUUUGUAAACCAUCCAGAGGCUGCAAGAAUCUCUGCAGACAGAUCAGAUGGCAUGAAAAAGAAGGAAAUAAAGGAUGGACUAAAGAAAGAAAGAAGCAAAAAAGAAGGAGGGAAGGAAGGAAGCAAGAGAGAACAACGAAAGAUAGAAAGAAGAUACAAGGGAAUCUUCCAAAAUGUCGCCAGUCACAGUGAUUAUGCUCAGUUUUCUUAUCUCUGCAGCCAUCGCUGCCCCUGUAAAAGAAACAGAGGAAUCCGUAACGCUAUUUCAUGGAGAGGAUUUCCACAUCCUGCUGCCGUCUCAAGACGUGGAGGUCACAUUCAAGAACCGUUCCGACCCUCGGAAGACCUCGGUGCUGAUGAGGGGCGGCAAAGUGAUCGGCAGUCGGGCCAAACCCACCCUGCACCUCAACUACAUCAACAUAGAGGCUGUGGGUGAAGGAGACGAGGGGCUGUACAUCCUGAAGGAUUCCAAGGAUGCGAGUGUCAUCAAGCAAAUUUCACUAAUAGUCAGAGACUGCACCAUCGAGCAAAUCAUCAAAUAUGGCGGAAACUUUCAUAUUCCAGUGGUGAAUGUGAAUGCCCCCAUCACUCUGGAGUACAAACCCAGUUCAGUGGAGGCCAACCUGACGUCCAGACCGGCGCUCGUGGUGCUGACGGCCGCUGGGGCCUCCACCGAGCCUUACCGAGGUCGCAUCACCGUCAGCGAGCGAUCCAUCACCAUCAGCGCGGUUACAGGCGUCGAUGAGGGCAGCUACACCGUCAGGGACAACAAAGGGGUUAUCAAACAGAAAGUGUGCCUGAAUGUCAUAGAGCACAGAAACUUUGUGUUCCUUCCUCCUGAUGAGAGACUGAAGAUCAACCUGAUUCUAAACAGCUCCUUGGUCCAACUCCACUACACCCGAGACUCAGACUCCUCAGCCGUCCUACUGAUGGAUAAGGGAGAGUUCACAAGUGCUCAAGCAGAUCUUGGUUUCAAGGACCGCCUCUCUGUGGACGGUUCGAUGGUCUUUCUAGAUCAGAUCAAGAGCUCAGAUGCUGGACUCUUUAAGAUCACGGACUUGCAGGGAUUCACCGUGUCCACCGUCCAUCUGGGAUUGAAAGCCCACAAAAUGGAGUCCCUCUAUGUGGCCAUCAUUGCCCUGCUCGGCCUGCUGGCUUUCCUUCUGCUGGUUUGCCUUCUGUCCUGCCUGAUCAAAGUGAAGAAGAGGGCGAAGAGGGCCGCUGCACUGGAGAAACUGGCUCAGAACGCUGGCAAAGAAGACGAGGGCGAGGCCUUUAGACAGGUGGUCAAGAACAUCACUAAACUGAGCGAGGAGUCCAAGCAUUCCCAAGCGGACAACACAGAGAAAUCUCAAAGCACUGAGGUCGACAUCAAGGGUCUGGAGGUUUCUUCUAAAGAGGUUGGCGUUGGUAAUCUAGAGACCAGUGACUCCGGCGUUGGCUUCAACACCGCUCUCCCACUCGAUACUGACACUGAUGUUCCCGAUCAAAUCCCCGAUUCUGAGGCUGGAAGCAUCUCUGUUGCUCCUGAAAUCAAACCAAGCCCUCCUUCUGCUGCUGAGUCCAAGCCGGCUGAUCCACCGGUACCAGAACCUAAAGCAAGCCCUGUUCCUGAGACGAAAAAAGCCCCUGACCCGCCCGUUGAAGCAAAGCUGGACACACCCAAACUGGCAGAUGCUAAACUUAGCCCAACCCCGAGUACAAAGUCUGGUUUGAGUCCAGCUGAAACAAAACCUGCACCCAGUCUAAGUCCAGAACCCAAGACUGGACUGAGUCCAGCUGAUCCAAAACCUGCUGCUAGUCCAAGUCCAGAACCUAAGACUAGUCUAAGUCCUGCUGAUCCAAAGCCUGCACCCACUCCAAGUCCCGAACCGAAGAUUUCUCUGCCUUCAGCCACCACUCCAACACCUGACACUAAGAGUCCAGCGGCUUCAACUCCUGAGCCCGCCAAACCAAGCCCAGCAGAACCCAUCACUAAUGGCACACCAGAUCCGGGACCCGAUUCCAAAGCAAGCCCGGAUCAUGCAGAAAUCAUCAAAGACCCAACUCCAAAGGAGGUUCCCACUAAAACCCAUGAAGUGGAGCUGAAGUCCAGCAGCGUCGUUCCAGAGGGCAGCAAAGACGGCGCCGCAGCCAAGGAUCCAACUACGACCUGAAGACCGCGGCUCCAAAAACACGAGGAACCCCCACAGAUCCCCGUCUACCACCAUCGCAGACAAUCAAACACCCCCUACCAAAAUGGUGAGGAAACCACAGCAAGCUGGGGCGAUGCUAAACCCACAGUGAUAUUCUAACCUUUGAGACUUUCUGACUGACACACAGUUUAAAUAACAAAAGUGGCUUUUAAUCCUUAACCGUUUCAGUUUUGCCGCCUUGUUUUCUAUUGAUUUUACUGGAAAAACUGCCAAACUGCAAAUUAAAUCAUUUGCAGAGUUUACAACUAAAAUAUUAACUCCACAUGAAGUGUUUUAUAGAAUAUCCAAAAAAAAGAGGGUUUACGGCAUUUUCUCAAAUGAGUGUAGCAAAAAUUUUGUAUUAACCUUGAUCUAACCACUGGUUCCCGUUGAGACGACUGUUCCUCUAACAGCAUGUGGAUAAAACUCACAAAACAAAACUUUUUCAGCCUAAGCAUGAACGGAUUAAAUGUUGACGUUAUUGAUACUGAAGUGUCCAUAAUAACAAGAUUUUCAUAAAUUUAACCAAGUAGAAACACUUAGCACAAAUAGUAAUAUUCCUUGUUUUAACCACUACUAAUAUUACUUUAUGCAGAGAUUCAGAAAACAUCUUCGAUGGUUGAAAUGUGUUUUAGCAGAAAAUCCCUGCAGUUCUGAUGAACUAGUUUUGGUCAAACUUUUAUGUGAUUUUAUAAAUGACUUUGUUUAAAUCCCAGCUGUAUUACAUUUCACUGUCCAAAUUUCCUUCUCUUCCCACUGCUUUCCUGUUUCUGCUUCAUAUUGGUUUUCCAAGGAGGAAAUUCUGAAACAAAUCCCAAACAGGUGGAACGCGACUCCUCUAGUAACAUGUUUAUUUGCUUUUCCUUGCUAAUUUUUCUUUUUUGUCUGUUUUCUUUUACUUUAAAGAUCUUUCCUUCAAUAGUACAGUCGACUAAAACUUGAAAAUCUGAAUUUAUGAGAAGCCGAAUACAAAACAAUAAGAACAAUGUUAUCUACACUUUUAACCAGAGAGAUUUGGAUAGUUUUGUCAUUACGAUCAAAAUGAAUAAAUGCAAUUGUUUGAAAAUAAAUUGUUACAAUCAGCCAGUAACCAGAGAUUAAAGAAAGGCUUUUGUAUUAUUAGUCUAAAGACAGCGUCUAAUUGAGUUGCAAAGAAAAUCAAAUGCAAUGGCCGCCUUAAGCUGAAGUCCUGGCUGGACCAUUGGCAACGUCAAGUUCACUAUGCAAAGUGGUUGGUAGACAUAUAAAACUUACUCAAAUCUGCAGGAGUAAUGGUUUGUAUCUUAUUAACUCACACAUACAAUCUUUAUGUGACUGUGUUUGGUUGAGAAUGGGGUCUAAUAUGUUAGUUAAUUGUCGUUAGCAUCACAACAAGUACAAAAUCCCAAUGAAUUCCUCUUACAGGACAAAUUGGACCCAGCACAUGUUGAUAUGUUAUGGUGGCAGUGACAAAAAGCAAAAAUCUCUCUCUGUUAUGAGAAUAGUUCAGAUUUUUUAAUGAGGUUCUGGUGAAAAAAUGGAGGCGUUAACAUUGACCUUCAGUGUCUUUAUUUUACAUAAAUACAGAUUAUCUUAGAUUAACAGCUGGUCUGAGAGAGGCCAAGAUUAAACUGAAGUUCUACUGUCCCAAAACAAAUAACUGCAGGAACCUUUAAACCAGUUUCAAUUGCAUUAUAUAAACAAGCUAAUAAUUAUUGACCUGGAAAAUGGAGAUCUGUGGUCCACCACAAACCUUCAAAUGUGAAACGCACUGAGAGAGCAACCUCCAAAGUGUUUAAGGUGAGAGUAACUCACAUAGAAAUAGUGUUGUGUAGAGGAAAAAAUACUACAGCGGUUUAUAUUAGUGCUAUUCUGUUAAUUUUUACUCUCUCUUUCUUACUUUUAUAAUAGACAGUUUCUCUGACCAGAAUCGCUUUACAAGUUUCAUUCUGAGUCCAUGUUUCACGGAGGAAGAUUAUUGGUGGUGCACAGCCUCCAAACUUUAGCAUGUAUAUAAACAUUAUGUUUUCAGUAAAUAACCAAUUAAAAUGUGACAAUGGUUUAAAGAUUUCUCAGUAAGUAUUCACAUUAACCAGUGUGUUAUUUUUAAAGGAGAAGAAGUUCAUUUUAGUCUUGGCAUCAACUAAUCUGAAUUUAUAGUAAAAUGAGUUAUCUACUGCAGGUUUGAUGUUAAUUAGCUGUAAUCUUUAACUUGAUUUCAAAAAUCCUGAGCUGUCUCUUUAAGGUGUGUACAGUGUGAGGUUUUUAUUUGUGCGUUCACACUGUCUCUUUUAAACUGGUUUGAGUGUAUCCAGCGGUACGCUAAAAUGUAACCAAAACAAUUUCAUUGUAAGUUUUACCUACUAAAAAAUAGAUGCAUAGAUACUUACACAUUUAUCAAAGGAAAUAAAUUUUUCUACCUGAUGUUUCCCUGCUACAGGUUUCAUAUCCUGGAAUUAACUAAAACUUUGGAAAUACGGAAGCAGCACAAAAUGAUUCAAAGUAAAUCACUCAGCUGGCCUUCCUUUGUAGUUUUUUCUGAAAAUCCCAACCUUAGAAGUAAAUGAUGAUGAUUUCUUAAAAAGCCAUAAAAGAAGAUGUCAGAUUUGAUACGAAGACAACACAAAUUGAAAUUAUACACGUAUACAAAUGUGCCUCAGAGUCGUAUGAACCAACAACAUCUACAGUCAGAAUGAAAAUUUGUAAAUCACUGUAUGGGACUGCCUGGAUCUGUGUGGGAACCACUGUCACAAUUUGGCAAUACUGACAAUAACCUUUAUAUAAACACACACACACACACACACACACGAAAACACACACACUGUAAAUAAUGCAUGUGUUUGCCAGUUUAACCCUUCAGUGGCUGAAUGUUCCUAAUGUAUAAAACACUUCUUGUCUCACAUUAAACAAAUAAAACCUGAACUAAUUCAAAUUUUCCUCCCAACCUUAAAUCUAAUAUAUAAAUGCUUUUACAGAUACUAUAUAUACUAAUCUCCACUAAUGUCUUGAACUAAUGUAACAACCCAGAUAUUAGCUCCUUUUAGUGCAGUUAUCAGUGAAACAUAUCUCUUACACUGUAUUAAACAUGCUUAGCCUACGUCACUUUAAGCAUCAACCGCAGCAUGCCCAAGACAUGUUCUGAGCUUUUUAUCAUCCACAAGUCGUACCUGUGCGAAGUGAUAUAUCAGUGUUGCAGUUGUUGUGUGUCAGGGACCUGUCUGUUGCGUCUGUGUGCCUACGGUUUUGGUUUAUGAUGUAUAAAUGAUCAAACGUGUGCUGAAUCUAUGCACUGGCGGUUUGUACAGAGUGAAAUGUGUACCGUCUGUGUGUUUGGUAUCCAUGUGCCUGCUCAAACUGUGUUUCAAGCCAAGAGCGUGGAUGUGUUCAGAACCACAAAAAGAAAAAAAAAACUAAACACAAAGUAAAGUAUUGAUAUUUGAGCUCGUUUUGUUUUUGUUUCAGUGCCUACGAUGUUCAUUGGAUUGUCUUUAGUCACUUCCUGGUGGCCAACAGGAUGUUCUCGCAUUUUAUAUACACCUGAACGCCACUUCUUCACCUAAAAUGACCUUCUGUGAGUGAGUGAGUGUCAGAAGCAUUAUGUGUAGCAUGCAGAUUGCUAAAAAUGCUUUAUUUUAAUAGCUUGAGUCUGAGAGUUUAUGUAGGAAUUAACAGUAGCAGCAAAUUAAUUUGAAAGACUGCUGUGGGUCGUUUGGUCAAUAAGUGGUGGCUAAAAUAUAGCUAUUAAUAAUACUAUGAUUAAAAUAUCUUCAUUGAUUGAUGAUGUGUAAAAAGCAUUAUAAUAAAUGCAAUAUUCUAUUGCAGCAGCAAUUACGUUAAAUAUUUAGAAAAGUCCAACUUGACAUUUAAUCAGAGAAACAAUGAAGCAAAUUUUUUACAAAAUCACAACUGUCACAAACAAAACUGAUCUACACUGAUCAAAUAGUAUAAAUAGUUCAAGUCAUUAAUCUAGGACUUUUUGUUUUCCUUUACGGAGAUAACAUAUUAUGGAGGCCUAUUUUUUCUUACCUUAAGAAAUAUGGAAAUGAUCAGAGAAUAAGUAAUUUAAGAACGGCAGGUUUGUGAUGGUCUUUAUAAAUUAGAAAAGGUCUUAAAGAAAUUGCUUCUUGCCUUUAAUUACCAAUGUCUACAAUUACAAAAAAAUUAUAACGUUUAACAAACAAAGCUGAUAAAGUCUACCAUACACAUUGAAGACAGAACUUAAGACUAGAGGCAUUUUUGUGUCAUCAAGUCGCCAUAAAAUCCAUCAAACACUGUAAACAUGGCAGGAAGAAAAAACUUAUUCUGAUCAAUAGUCACAAACUAAAACAUGGGGUGUUUGCUACACUGUGCCAUUAUUUGGAACUGUAAACUUUAUCCAGAUAGAGCCUUGUGAAAACAAACUUUACAGGGGGUUUGUGAAAAACAAAAGACUGAUGUUCAAAACACAAUAUCUCUUUCCUGUUGUGAAGUACAGUGGAGGCUCUGUGAUGAUGUGGGCAGGCUUACGCUGCAAAAAUACAAAGUCCUACUAAGAGUUUUUGGUUUGGUUUCCAAUGUAUAUAUUUUAAUUCACUUGGGAUAAAACACAACUGACUGACAAGUAGCUUUUCAGCAAGAUAUAUUUGCUUGAUUUAAGUGAACGAUUCCUUAAUAUUGAUGACAAAAGUAUUAGCUACAAGUGAAAUAAUCUGCCACACAUUUCAACUUAUAAGAAAAAAAUGUCUUAUUGCAUAACUAUAAUUUUUUCAUCAAUACUAAGUGACGAUUCACUUAAAACAAGCUCCUGUAUUUUGCUGAAAUCUUACUUAUGAAUUAGUUUUGUAUUAUUUCAACUGUACUGAGACAUUUGCAGUAGAAACUACAGAUUUUGUGCUUUUGCAGUGUCAGUGGAUGGCAUCAUGAUUUCUUUCUACCCUGCCCUUUGUGGGCCUGGUUCGCUCAGGAAGAGUUACGAGUUCAUUGCAGAGCGCCAAAAUGACACACAGUCUCCCACACCUAAGACCAUUUCAGAGUCAAACCAACAUCCAUGUUUUCAUGCCCAGAGAGAACCACAGCAUGCCAAAGAAGAAACCUGAGGCAGAAAGAUCACCGACCUGGAAGGGCCUUCUGAUUCACCUCCAUGCUGCUUGUCUAACUGUUUGUCUAUAAAUAGUAGAAGAUUAUGCUGCAGCAGUGAAAAAAAGUACUUUAUUUUAAAGCUUUUUACUCGAGGGGUGUCUCUAAAUUACAGGGCUGUUGUGUUCAGACAAAGUAUUGAACAUGACCAGCCUUUGUUUUUUCUUCUGUUCUUGCACCCAACGAAAGCUUUGUGUAGCUAGAUCAGAGUUAUCACAUCGUACCGGGUCCAGAAACUUUCUGACAGCUCAAAGAGAGAAACCACCUCUGAUGCCACCACAGGUUCUCCUUACACUAAGCCAGUCGUGUCUGUCCUCCCUGAUCACUGCUGCUGUGAUGGACUGUUUGUGGUGUGGCUUCCCCACAUGGUCUCUCUGUUCUUCCAUUUUGCACAAUUCUUCACGCAGAUGUUUUGUAUUGACAAAUGGUCACUUUUUUUCUUUAUUUCAUGCCUAAAUGAAUACUAAGAAUAAACAAAAAGGUUAUGCCAUC